AAUUAUUAUUAUAUUAGUAUAAAAUUCAUUAACAAUGGUAAUUUAUCUCCAUUAAAACAAUAAAGAAUUGAUUCCUCCAUUUUUCCUCCUCUAUAUAUGAAUUCCUCACAUUUAGGCUCUCUGCUCAACUCUGCUCUUUCAUUCAUUCAUUAAAUCACCUUCCCCAAUUACAACCCUCCUACUUUCUCUCUCCUCCAAUUGAAUCUCACUUUCCGCCUUCAUUCGGAUUUUAUCGUGCGUUGAAGCUGUAAAAUCAUGAACGCACUUGCAGCAACGAAUAGAAAUUUUAAGCUCGCAUCCCGACUUCUCGGGUUGGAUGCAAAACUUGAGAAGAGUCUUCUCAUUCCAUUUAGGGAGAUCAAGGUAGAAUGCACUAUACCAAAAGAUGAUGGUACUCUAGCUUCUUACGUUGGAUUCAGAGUUCAGCAUGACAACGCUAGAGGCCCCAUGAAGGGUGGGAUUAGAUAUCACCCUGAGGUUGAUCUAGAUGAGGUCAAUGCACUAGCACAACUAAUGACAUGGAAGACAGCCGUAGCAAAUAUUCCUUAUGGUGGUGCCAAGGGUGGCAUUGGAUGCAACCCAUCAGAUUUAAGUCCAUCUGAGCUUGAACGUUUGACCAGAGUUUUUACCCAGAGGAUUCACGAUCUGAUCGGAAUCCAUACGGAUGUACCAGCGCCUGAUAUGGGCACAAAUUCACAGACAAUGGCUUGGAUAUUGGAUGAGUACUCAAAAUUUCAUGGCCAUUCACCUGCAGUUGUUACGGGAAAACCUAUCGAUCUCGGUGGAUCUCUCGGUAGAGAUGCGGCUACUGGAAGAGGGGUGCUCUUUGCUACAGAAGCCCUUCUAAACGAGUACGGAAAGACUAUAUCUGGACAGAGAUUUGUGAUACAGGGAUUUGGUAAUGUGGGUUCAUGGGCAGCACGACUCAUCAGUGAAUUAGGAGGGAAGGUUGUUGCUGUAAGUGAUAUCAGUGGAGCCAUAAAAAACAAGGACGGACUUGACAUUGAUGGCUUACUCAAACACGUCCAUGACAAUCGCGGAGUUAAAGGUUUCCAUGGCGCAGAUGCAAUAGACGCCAAUUCCAUAUUAGUUGAAGAUUGUGACGUUCUGAUUCCAGCAGCCCUUGGUGGCGUUAUCAACAGGGAGAACGCAAACGAAAUAAAGGCCAAAUUUAUUGUUGAGGCAGCAAACCAUCCAACUGACCCAGAAGCAGAUGAGAUAUUGAAAAAGAAAGGCGUUGUCAUCCUUCCCGACAUAUAUGCAAACUCUGGUGGUGUUACCGUUAGUUACUUCGAGUGGGUUCAGAAUAUCCAAGGAUUCAUGUGGGAUGAAGAACGAGUGAACAAUGAGCUGAAGACGUACAUGACAAAGGGAUUGAAGGAUGUAAAAGAAAUGUGUAAGACGCAUAACUGUGAUCUUCGGAUGGGAGCCUUUACCCUUGGACUAAACCGGGUCGCACGAGCAACUGUUCUUAGAGGUUGGGAAGCUUGAGUUUAUACAUAUAAUUGGGAUUGUGUUUAAUAAGAAGUCUCCUUUGCUCAUAUUGUUGACUUGGUUUGAUGCAUUCCAUACUUCCAUUUGAUUAUUAUGGACAAUAUGCUCCCAAGUUAGUCUUAUGUAGCUCUUUUGCUGUUGGCUGCUGGUUAUUGAUUGUUACUGCCGUCUCGGCUAGUUGGCUUUAAUUUAGUGAUUUUUUCUACUAUUGGAAAUUUGUUUUAAUAUUGUGUAACUACUCCGGUGUUUUACCGGAUUGUAACAUUAUGAUUCAAUCAGAGCAAGGAAGAGCUUCAUGAUUAUGUUAUGUUUCCGCUGUCCUUUUGAAUUUGUUUUCAUAAUUCGAAGACAUUGAUUACUUAAAAGCA